UGCUGAAAGUAAAUAUUUUUUAAAAUGCUUGUAAAUACUAUAAUUAAAAUUUUUAAUAAAUAAAAAGUGCAUGCGUAAUUUAAUGUAAGCAGCUAGACUGCAUAGAGAUAACACUCAGAGCGUUACUAUACAGAUUCGUGUGCACGACCCAAACAGCUGGUUACGCAAAUCCAUUGACUGGGUUCAUUAGAGUUCAUAGAAUUGGUUUUUGGCUAUUACGUGUGCGUCGUCUUUGUCGCCGGCGGCUAGAAACUCAAGUGUCCCCCAGUACAAGUGGCUGUGUGUUUGUUUGUGUGUGUGUGUGUGUGUGUGUGUGUGUGUGUGUUACGCUCAGCAUCCCAGAGCAAAAGGCCACCAAACAAAUUCUCAGCACGGCCUUAGUGUACGUCAGACGAGCAAACGGCGAGCAUCGAACGGGCCAACGGACUAGCUAAUUUCAAGUGCCAUAUAAACAAAUCCACGGAGCUGUGUACGCGUCGUGUCUGUGUCGUCAUUAAGCAACGAAAUGCCCAGAAAUAUGCCGCUUUGGCCAAUGCUGAUGUGCGCCAUUGGCGUUCUGGCAAUUGUUGGGCCCAUGCCCGCCAACGGUGCCGUGGCCAACAGCCACAAGCAUGAGAAGCAUCUGAGCAAGGAGCGAGUCAAAGAUGGCGUCUAUAUACCCAGGGAUGCACAUCAUCAUAGCGAGCUGGGCGAGCACAAUGUGGAGUUCGAUCAUGAGGCCAUUAUAGGCAAUACAAAAGAGGCGCAGGAAUUUGACACGCUGACACCGGAAGAGUCGAAGCGCCGACUGGCCAUACUUAUCAAGAUGAUGGAUUUGAAUAGUGAUGAAUUUAUCGAUCGGCAUGAGUUGAAAGCAUGGAUUUUAAGGUCUUUUAAAAAACUGUCGGAGGAGGAAGCAGCGGAUCGUUUUGAGGAAAUCGAUCAGGAUUUGGACGAUCGAAUUACUUGGACUGAGUACUUGCAGGACACCUAUGCCAUGGAGGAUGAAAACUUUAAGAAAGACGUCAUCGAUUUCGAUACCUACGAGGAUGAGCAGAAAAUGAUAAAACAGGACAAGGAAAUGUUUAACGCGGCCGAUACCAACAAAGAUGGCAUGCUCAGUCUGGAGGAAUAUGUGUACUUUCAAAAUCCCGAGGAGCAUCCACAAAUGUUGCCCGUGCUGCUUGAGCACACGAUGCAGGAUAAGGAUCAAAAUCAUGAUGGCAAAAUCGAUUUCCAAGAGUUUGUCGGCGCGGCGGCCGCACAUCACGACAAAGAGUGGCUGAUAACAGAAAAGGAACGCUUCGACAAAGAUUACGAUGCCAAUGGAGAUGGUGUGCUCUCGGGCAAUGAGGUCCUCUCGUGGAUUGUGCCCAGCAAUACAGUCAUAGCGGACGAUGAGGUGGAUCAUUUGUUUGUGGCCACCGAUGAGGAUCAGGACGAUCGUUUAUCGUACCUGGAGAUCCUCAAUAACUACGACACAUUCGUGGGCAGCGAGGCGACCGACUAUGGCGAUCAUUUGCAAAAUAUAAAUCGCUUGUCCGAUGAGCUCUAAACCAUAUCUCGAAUUUGCUAGAAGAAUCUGUGCUUAGUAUUGUAUUUUAUUCAUUUAGUUAGUAAAUUAAUGUUUUUAUUUAUGCAAAUUCAUGUGACAUACCGUAUAUGCACAAUUGUGCAUAUUAUAUAAUAGAAUAUUUUUAUUGUUGUAUGCCAUUUGUCUACAGUUUUGAUUACUUAACACAUGAUCCAUUUAUAAAUCGUAGUAAUUUAUAUAGACACCAAAAAAACUAAGAAGCUACAAUAUUAAUACAUAAAUAAUUUUCACUAAAUUA